AACACAUCCAGCUUUGCUCAGCACCACAGACACCUUGGCUUUGUUUGUGCCCAGCUCUCAUCACUGCCUCCAGUGUUCUGCUGUGUCUGGAACCUGGGGACACUUUCUCAGUCGUGUUCCUCAGUGGGACCCAUUAAAACUUCAAGAAACUUUGGAGUUUCAAUUUAACUUUGAUUUCUUGAGAAGUUUUUUGAAGACUCUCUCAGGGACUGAGUCUGAUGUAAACAACACCAAAGUCCCAAGAGGCUCAUUAAAAUCUUUGUGCUGUGUCUGUGCUGCUGAGCUUUAAAGGAACAGCUCUUGCCAGGACCAGCUCCUCUCCCAGCCCAGCAGGGCUGAGGGCUCUGCCUGCAGGCACUGAGGGGACAGGAGCCAGGCAGAGACAGGCUGAAGGCAAUCAGGAUUGGGAAGACAUUGAGCUGAGACUUCACCUGGGGAAAGAUCUUCACAGCCCUCUACAUGUCUGUGAUGCCCAGGGUGAAGAAAUGUCCAACAGCAGCUCCAUCAGCCACUUCCUCCUGCUGCCAUUGGCAGACACGCGGCAGCUGCAGCUCCUGCACUUCUGCCUCUUCCUCGGCAUCUCCCUGGCUGCCCUCCUGGGCAACGGCCUCAUCAUCAGCGCCGUAGCCUGCGGCCACCACCUGCACACGCCCAUGUUCUUCUUCCUGCUCAACCUGGCCCUCAGCGACCUGGGCUCCAUCUGCACCACUGUCCCCAAAGCCAUGCACAAUUCCCUCUGGGACACCAGGGACAUCUCCUACUCAGGAUGUGCUGUUCAGAUCUUCAGGGCCGUGCUGAGGAUCCCCUCUGAGCAGGGACGGCACAAAGCCUUUUCCACCUGCCUCCCUCACCUGGCCGUGCUCUCCCUGUUUAUCAGCACUGGCAUAGUUGCCUACCUGAAGCCGCCCUCCAUCUCCUCCCCAUCCCUAGAUCUGGCCCUGUCAGUUCUGUACUCGGUGGUGCCUCCAGCCCUGAACCCCCUCAUCUACAGCCUGAGGAACCAGGAGCUCAAAGCUGCCGUGUGGACACUGAUGACUGAAUGCUUUCAGAAACAGUAAAUCGGUUGCCAAUUUCUGCAUAUCUCUUGUAAUAAAAGUCAUCUUUGAUAGUUCAGCUGGUUUGGUUUUUUUCCCCUAUGUUUUAGAUUUUUUUAUUGUCUCUAAACCUGGGCCAUUUGUUGUUCCAUUUGUCAUUUUGUUUCUCUCAGAAUGUCCUGUGGCCA